AUGACAACUGAGGGCGACAAGUACGAGGUCCUCGAGAAGAUCGGCCAUGGAUCUUUUGGGGUCAUUCGCAAGGUCCGUCGAAAGGCCGACAACUUCGUCAUGUGCCGCAAGGAGAUCAGCUACCUCAAGAUGUCCGCCAAGGAGCGUGAACAGCUGCACGCCGAGUUUCAAAUCCUCUCACAUUUACGGCACGAGAAUAUCGUCGGCUACUUCCACCGAGAACACCUCAAGUCCAGCCAGGACCUUCACCUGUACAUGGAAUACUGCGGCAACGGCGACCUCGGUCGCAUCAUCAAAAACUUGACGGUCAAGGGCGAGCGCGCCAAGGAAUCCUUUGUCUGGAGCAUCUUCUCGCAGCUCGUCACCGCCUUGUAUCGCUGCCACUACGGAACCAACCCCCCCGAGGCGGGCAACAACGCCAUGGGCCUCUUUAGCAACGUGGUCCGGCCCAAGGUUCCUGCUGGCACCAUGACCAUCCUCCAUCGUGAUCUCAAGCCUGAGAAUGUCUUUCUCGGAGAAGACAACUCGGUCAAGCUUGGCGACUUUGGCCUCGCCAAGAUGAUCCAGUCUCACGACUUCGCAUCAACCUACGUUGGUACGCCAUUCUACAUGUCGCCAGAAAUCUGCGCCGCCGAAAAGUACACGCUCAAGUCGGACAUCUGGUCGCUCGGCUGCAUCAUGUAUGAGCUGUGUGCUAGGGAGCCGCCGUUCAACGCAAAGACACACUUCCAGCUCGUCCAGAAGAUCAAGGAGGGCAAGGUCAACCCGCUGCCCGACAUUUACUCGCCAGAGCUCAUGGGCACCAUCAAAGACUGCCUGCGCGUGAAUCCAGACCGCCGUCCCGACACGGCGCAGCUUCUGCACCUCCCCAUUGUGCGCUUGAUGCGCAAGGAGAAGGAGACGGUCGACUUCAACAAGAUGCUCAAGGCAAAGGAGGAAGCCCUGACCCAACGAGAGAAGGAGCUGCAGCAGAAGAUGGAGAGAUUCGAGGCCGAGAAGGAUUACACGCGCCAAGAAAUCGACAACACUCUACGGAGGGAAUGGGAAGUCAAGGCGCGUCUCGAGAUUGACCGCCUCGUGCAGCUCGAGAUGGAGAGACUGAACAAGAGAUUCGAGGAUGAAGUGCACUCGCGUGUCCAGGAGGAGCUCCGCAAGAAGGCGCCCACCUUUAACCUGCAAGCACCAAUGCUGCACGAGACAAGCAUGUCCUCGUCUGUAUCUGUCGACAGGACUGACUACGAGAGGUCGUCGGUGGGCGCUGGCGACGGUGAAGGAGACGGGGAAUUCCCUUCGACGACAGAUCUCACCGACCUGUCCUACGACAGCCCGGAGGCCCCCAACGACCUCCCGAAGAAGACAGCGCGCACUCCCUUUGGCCGCGCCCAAACCAUGUUUGCAGGCCACGCCGGGACACCCAUGGAUAUCGAGAUGGUGUCGCCCUCGCCGAUGGCCAUCGCAUCGCUGUCCUUGUCACCGAGACGCAACGAGGCAACCAAGGCGCCGUCCACAAACCCCGGCAACAUCUUUAGCGCCAAUGCGACAGCCACAGCCAACGCUCUUUGGAAUGUGCCCCGCGAGUCUACGCUCAUGGAAUCGGAUGACGAGGACAUCAUCCCAUCUCCGACACGCAACAUCAGAUCGAGGCAGAACCCUUUCACCUCGAAGACGCGCCCUGUGCUGACGUCGCAAAAGACGGCUCCGGUGCCACGCAUGAAGACAAUGUCCUCUGCCACGGGGCUCAACUCGAACAAGACGUUACCCUCACUCCCUGGGCAGGGUCAGAGCUCGGCCCGUGGCGGCGGAGAGCGUUGUCCGUCGCCGAACCGCCGUCUGAGCAAGAUCCCAUCGGCCACGAAUCUCCAGGCAAACAACAACGCUGGUGCCGAAACCUCCUCGGGCAACCUAUCUCGCAAGCCCUCCGUCACCAAGAAGGAUCAGGAGCCCCUUGGUAAGGUUGCGGUGAAGAACAAUAUUAGGGGGCGCACCCUAGUGGAGCUCCAGCAGGCUCGCGCCGGCGGACGCCCCCUCUCUGCGGUCAUCGCUGCUGGCGGCGAGAACGCGAACCUCAACGUGAGUCCAAAGCGCAACUUCAAGGAGAGGGUUGCGGAGCGUCGCGCCAGUGGCGGUGAGCCGGUGGCUGUGUGGGAUCCCGAGCGAGAUGAGAUGCCCAGCCCCUUCCUCGUACGCAGGAAGCCAAUGACCCGCGUCUGA